UACGAUAAUGGAAUCAAAUACGCAGUAUUUACAGAAAAGAGUCUUCGUUUAUUGGGAAAGAAUCAAUAUACUUUUAAUGUCGAAUCGGGAUUCACUAAGACAGAAAUAAAGCAUUGGGUCGAACUCUUCUUUGGUGUUAAGGUAGUAGCUGUGAAUAGCCAUCGACUACCCGGAAAGGGUAGAAGAAUGGGACCUAUUCUGGGACAUACAAUGCAUUACAGACGUAUGAUCAUUACUCUUCAACUGGGUAUUCUAUUCCACUUCUACCCUUUAAAUUCAAGGGUAUUCUGA